AUGUCUCAUGUGGAAGAAGCCGCCCGCCAGCUAUCCAAACGGGGUUCAACCCUCUAUGCAGUGCUGGAGGUUAAGAAGGGUGCCUCACUUAAAGAGAUCAAGAGAGCCUACAGCCAUUCCAUCCCUCCCCACCCUCCUUUUGGGUACUGCUUGGGUAGGAGACUGGCCUUGCGGUACCAUCCAGACAAGAAUCCAGACAACCCUCAAGCAGAAGAAAUCUUCAAAGAGAUCAACGCAGCCCAUGCCAUACUGAGUGAUCCUAAGAAGCGGGAAAUCUAUGACCAGCAUGGCUCAUUGGGAGUAUACCUGUAUGAACAUUUUGGCGAAAGUGGUGUCAGAUACUAUUUCACAGUGCACAGUUGUUGGUUCAAGGUGCUGGCCCCGUGA